AUGGACGACCAACCCAAAAACACCGAUACCACCUCUAAAACAACCACCACCGAUUCCGCCUCUAAAACCCUUCACCCAGUUUAUUCCGUAACAAACAUUCAAAACAAAGUUCGCAUCUUUGAUGGCGAAAAAGUUACCUACUUCGCAUGGGUGAAACUCUUCAGACUUCAUGCCCACGGGUAUGAUGUGUUAGACCAUAUCAAUGGCACCGAGCCCCCAGCCAAAACCGAUCCGUCUUACGAGGCGUGGUCCAAAAUUGACUCCAUUGUCCUUCAAUGGAUAUAUGGAACUCUUUCAGAUUCCUAUCUCGCUCGUGUCCUUGAAACAGGUUCAACGGCUCAACAAGCGUGGGAUCGGAUCCAAACCAUUUUUCUUAAUAACAAAAACUCUCGAGCCGCAACCCUGGAACAUGCUUUUACAACCACUACUAUGGCCUCAUGCUCAUCUAUGAAUGAGUAUUUUCAACGGAUGAAAGAUCUCGCGGAGCAACUUAAUGAUGUCGGUCACCCGGUUAGUGAGUCUCGGUUGGUUCUUCAGAUGGUUACGGGUCUUCCUCAGGAAUAUGACACCGUCGCCUCUUUUAUCACUCAGGCUGAUAAGUCAUGGGAUGAUGCUAGAGAGAUGAUUGAUCGUGAGCAAUGA